AUGUCGGAGCUGUCAGAAGUUGCUAACGAGACCAGCGAACCUGAGAAAAAGUCUGCAGGCCCUGAUCUGCCCUUGCUCUGGCCGCAGUCGAUGUCGAAGGAGGACCAUAAGUGGGUGGCUGAAGUCCUGUUUCGAGUAAAUGCGAAGGGGAAGAUGGAGUUAAAGGACAACCUUCAGCUGUGGUACAACCCCCCACCUCCAAAUCUCCUGUACCAUCAGGCUCCCACUCCAGACAAGUUUUUUUCCCACCGUCUGCUGGUCUGGAUGCCCUAUAGGCUGUGGCGUGUGAGUCUUAAGUGCACCAAUUCGGAAUGCGUCGGGCAUCAACUGACAAGUGGUGGAUUGCAUAGGAGGGUCCGGCAGGUGCUGGACAUUGACAGCUACUACAACCUAGUCACAGAGACCCUCAUUUGCACCAAGUGCAGGUCCAGCUACCUGUCCUGGGGAGACGCCGUGCUGCAGCAGCUAGACCUGGCCCAUCGUUCUGAGUUUAGGGUCAUCCUGACACAAAAACAUGCCAUUGAUAUACGUGCCAUCCGUUUUUUGCGUGAGAGAACAAUGGGCAAUGGACCGGUACGCCUGGUCGGGCAGUUGAAGGAGAACCACAGCGAGCAGUGGUUGCAGCGGGUCAAUCGCUACACCGCAGAGUGUAUGGGGUUUCGCACCAACAACCUCGGCCUCCAACAGAUCUCCUUUCAGAGACCUCCAGACCCUGUGGAAAUGCCAAGCUACAAGUGGCUCCUCACUGUUUACAGCAAGGACAUUCUACACAGGCUGGAUGACAUCAAGCUGCCUGCCGUCCAGCUGCCUCCUCAGCUGCCUACCGUCCAGGUGCCAACCCCUCCUCAGCUGUCUACCGUCCAGCUGCCUCCUCAGCUGCCUACCGUCCAGGUGCCUCCUCAGCUGCCUGCCGUCCAGGUGCCAACCCCUCCUCAGCUGUCUACCGUCCAGCUGCCUCCUCAGCUGCUCUCUCUGCCUGCUGUCAAGGGUCCACCCUCUCUGCUGCUGCCCACCACCACUCAGGGUCCAUCCUCUCUGAUGCCGCCCAUCGCCAUCCAGCGUCCAUCACUGCUGCCCACCACCAUCCAGCGUCCAUCACUGCUGCCCUCCACCACUCAGGCUCGGAGCAAGGAGGCGCUUGCUUGCUAG